AUGACGAUUGAUAAUAAUUCAUUAAAUAUGAACAAAAGACAUACAAUUGCUGGUAUGAAUACAGAAUGGGAUAUUUAUGAAGCAAUUGAUUCACCUACAAAUCCUUUUGCACGAAUUGAUCGGUUUGUACCAUCUCGAUUACCUGUCAAUAAUCCAGCAGGAAAGACGAUUGUUAAUAUUCAUAUAACACAAAAACGUCAACCCACAAUGAUUAGACUUAAUUUGGCACCAGAGGGUUAUCCUUUAGAGGAACGUUUUAUUGAAGAGGAAGGUAUAUCUCCAACUUAUUAUAGUCCUACAACGGGUAUCAAGAUAAAAACGAGUCGUGCUCAUGAAGAUCCUCGAAAUGCUGGUUCUUCUGAUUUCCUGAAUCCUGAACAUAUAUGUUUUACUCAUUCUAAUAGUUGUAGUUGUAAAUAUAUAUUCGUGUGUAACAAUAUAUAUGUGUAUGUGUAUUUAUU